AUGUUCUUAUGUUGCUGCUGCUGCCGUCGUGUCAGCGCCGUCACACCUGGGAUUCCCCGCGGAGACAUCGUUGAGUUGGCAACUGUGCCAGAAAAUGUGCCAGGAACAACCGAGCCUGUGACAGCUCCAGAAGCGCAUCAGGCAGUUUCACAAGGGCACCAGGCAACUCCACAAGUUCACCAAUCCGUCGUUGAGGAGAGAGUGGUUCCGGCAAACGUCAUCAUGGUCAAACCAAAACCUGAUAAGGCCCAUGCUUCAAUCGGGAGACAAUCAUCUGCCGCAACCAUGAUGGGAUUAAAGGAAGCACUGAAGGAAAUUAAGAAACCAGGAGUGAACGUCUUGGAAGAUCCAACAACCAAAGAAGUGGCCGAGAAAAUCACUGAGCCAACGCUGGUCUCGCGCAAGAAAAAGCUGGAGUCCUUGAAGAAGCAAGACUCUGUUGAUCCAGAAGACGAUUAA